GGCUCCGGGUGACGUCCAAAGGGUGUGGCCCGACUGGCCCUCCAAGCAAUGGAGUAUCCAUAGUAACGCGUCAGCCGCCGACCUCGGGCCAUUUUCCCAAGGCUCCAGGAUCUCUAGAUGUCCCGUCGUCUCAAGGGCGUGUAGAACGCGGGUUUUGGGGGAGGAAUGAACAAAAAUCGACUGGGAGUUUUUUCAAAACACGUACAUAUGCCCUGCCACCCACCCCGCUCUCCUAGGUGCGUCAGAACUGCUGGGACAUCUGUCACGUGAAGGGGUGGGUUGCCCCUCCACACCUGUGGGCGUUUCUCAUUAGGUGGAAGGAGAGACUUGGAAAAGAAAGAGACAGACAAAGUAUAGAGAAAGAAAAAUGGGCCCAGGAGACCGGAGUUCAGUUUACGGAGGAUCCACGCCGGCACCAGCCUCUGAGUUCCCUUAGUAUUUAUUGAUCAUUAUCGGGUGCGGCAGGAUAAUAGGACAAUAGUGGAGAGAAGGUCAGAAGGUAAACACGUGAACAAAUGUCUCUGCAUCGUAAACAAGUCACGUGUACUUGGGGAAGAACUCCCCCGGUGAUUCUGACACUCUUGCCCUACGCCUCAGCCAUUGAGAACUAUUGGUAUGGAGGGCCUGUAAUUUAUCAAGGCGCGGCCUCAGAUCUGUCUGCCUCGCAGAUACCUUCCUCACCCGGGUCAGAAUGACUUGCCUCAGGCUCCUGCCAAAGAGUUUGCACCACUCGUUUCUUCCCUUCCCAGCUCAGUGUCACAGACCUUUGUGGAAGCAACAACAGCUCCCAUCGUUCCAACCUUUCUGGAGAAGCCGUGGCCUGAUGGUGAGCCGAAUGGGCUGGGGGGGGAGAAGAAGGCGGCUGGGGCGGUGGGGAGAUCUGGGGCCUGGAUCGGUGCCCCUCCUCCCCAUGCCACUGCCACCUCCUCCUCCUCCUUCAUGCCGGGGACCUGGGGGAGGGAGGAUCUCCAUCUUCUCUCUGUCCCCUGCCCCUCAUACAAGAAGCUCCCCCUCCUCAUUUUCCCCUCCCACCGCAGGGCCCCCUUGCUCAGUGCUACAGGGGACAGGGGCUUCUCAGUCUUGCCACAGUGCUCUCCCUAUCCCAGCCACCCCCCCAACACAGGCUCAACCUGCAAUGACACCUGCCUCUGCAUCUCCCUCCUGGGGAUCCCACUCCACCCCACCCCUGGCCCCGGCAACCCCCACUCCCUCACAGCAGUGCCCCCAGGACUCUCCUGGGCUGCGGGUAGGCCCUUUGAUCCCUGAACAGGAUUAUGAGCGGCUGGAGGACUGUGACCCUGAGGGGUCCCAAGACUCACCCAUCCACGGGGAGGAGCAGCAACCCCUGCUUCAUGUCCCUGAAGGGCUCCGAGGCUCCUGGCAUCACAUCCAGAACCUGGACAGCUUCUUCACCAAGAUAUCCUUUGCGCUAGGCCUGCAGAGGUGGCAUGGGAAGGUCCUCUUGGAGCUGGCACUGUUCUUGGCAGGGAGACUCCGUGAGGGUGUCAUGGGUGGGAGACUUGUUGGGGCUGAGGGGAGGUGUCCUCAGGAGAGGCCCCCCGUGCCUCAGCCUUGUUCCUUGACACGCAGCCACAUCUACAGCUACCACCAGCGGAAUGGCUUUGCCUGCAUCUUGCUGGAGGAUGUCUUCCAGCUGGGACAAUUUAUUUUCAUUGUCACCUUCACAACCUUCCUCCUUCGAUGCGUGGAUUACAAUGUUCUCUUUGCCAACCAACCAAGUAACCAUACCAGACCUGGGUCGUUCCACAGCAAAGUGACCCUGUCAGAUGCCAUCCUACCCUCAGCCCAGUGUGCUGAGAGGAUCUGCUCCAGCCCGCUGCUGGUCCUCCUCCUGGUCCUGGCUGCCGGCUUCUGGCUGGUCCAACUGCUUCGCUCAGUCUGCAACCUCUUCAGCUACUGGGACAUCCAGGUGUUUUACAGGGAGGCCCUGCACAUCCCCCCGGAGGAGCUGAGCUCGGUUCCCUGGGCAGAGGUGCAGUCCCGCCUCCUGGCACUGCAGCGGAGCGGGGGCCUGUGCGUGCAGCCGCGGCCCCUGACGGAGCUGGACAUCCACCACCGCAUCCUGCGCUACACCAACUACCAGGUGGCGCUGGCCAACAAAGGCCUGCUGCCGGCCCGCUGCCCGCUGCCCUGGGGAGGCAGUGCGGCUUUCCUCAGCCGCGGCCUGGCGCUCAAUGUCGACCUGCUGCUCUUCCGCGGUCCCUUCUCGCUCUUCCGCGGGGGCUGGGAGCUGCCGCACGCCUACAAGCGCAGCGACCAGCGGGGCGCCCUAGCAGCGCGCUGGGGGCGCACAGUGCUGCUGCUGGCCGCCCUGAACCUGGCGCUGAGCCCGCUGGUGCUGGCCUGGCAGGUUCUGCACGUCUUCUAUAGCCACGUGGAGCUGCUGCGGCGCGAGCCUGGCGCGCUGGGGGCGCGCGGCUGGUCCCGCCUGGCGCGCUUGCAGCUGCGCCACUUCAACGAGCUGCCGCACGAGCUGCGCGCGCGCCUGGCCCGCGCCUACCGCCCCGCCGCCGCCUUCCUGCGCACCGCUGCGCCCCCCGCGCCCCUGCGCACGCUGCUGGCCCGCCAGCUCGUUUUCUUCGCGGGUGCACUCUUCGCCGCGCUGCUUGUGCUCACCGUCUACGACGAGGACGUGCUAGCCGUGGAGCACGUGCUCACCGCCAUGACCGCGCUCGGGGUCACCGCCACCGUCGCCAGGUCUUUCAUUCCGGAAGAGCAGUGCCAGGGUCGUGCGCCGCAGCUCCUGCUGCAGACAGCCCUGGCCCACAUGCACUACCUCCCGGAGGAGCCCGGCCCCGGCGGCAGGGACCGCGCCUACCGGCAGAUGGCGCAGCUGCUGCAGUACCGAGCGGUCUCCCUCCUGGAGGAGCUCCUGUCCCCGCUCCUCACCCCGCUGUUUCUACUUUUCUGGUUCCGCCCUCGUGCCCUGGAGAUUAUCGACUUUUUUCAUCACUUCACUGUGGAUGUGGCUGGGGUUGGGGACAUCUGUUCCUUUGCCCUUAUGGAUGUGAAGCGCCACGGACACCCUCAGUGGCUCUCGGCGGGACAGACUGAGGCCUCGCUGUCUCAGCGUGCGGAGGACGGCAAGACUGAGCUUUCUUUGAUGCGGUUCUCCCUGGCGCAUCCACUCUGGCGCCCCCCAGGGCACAGCUCUAAGUUUCUUGGGCACCUAUGGGGCCGAGUACAACAAGAUGCAGCUGCCUGGGGUGCCACCUCGGCUCGCAGCCCCUCCACCCCGGGGGUGCUCAGCAACUGCACCUCGCCCCUGCCUGAGGCCUUCCUGGCCAACCUCUUCGUGCACCCUCUCCUGCCUCCGAGAGAUACAGCCCCCUGUCCAGCUGCGGCCACAGCCAGCCUCCUUGCCUCCAUUUCCCGAAUUGCCCAGGACCCCAGCUCUGUGUCCCCAGGAGGCACUGGGGGCCAGAAGCUGGCCCAGCUCCCAGAACUUGCUUCUGCCGAGAUGAGUCUCCAUGUCAUCUACCUGCACCAGCUUCACCAGCAGCAGCAGCAGCAGGAGCCGUGGGGUGAGGCUGCAGCCUCCAUCCUGUCCAGGCCCUGCUCCAGCCCCUCACAGCCACCCUCGCCUGAUGAGGAGAAGCCAUCCUGGUCAAGUGACGGCUCCAGUCCUGCUUCUAGCCCCAGACAACAGUGGGGAACCCAGAAGGCCCGGAAUCUGUUCCCCGGAGGGUUUCAGGUGACCACAGACACCCAGAAGGAGCCUGACCAGGCCUCUUGCACUGACUGAGACGACUCCUCAGGGUACCCUGGCUUCGGCAGCCACAGGAGAUUGGAGGGUGGAGUAGAAAAACACAAGGAGUCAUUGUUAGAGGCCCCAUAGAUGACAGGCCCAGGUGCUUUAGUUGGGCAGGACCUGGGAGUCAGUGAGGAACUCGCCCCGAGAACAGAGAAAAGGUAGGAAAGGAGAGGAGAUGCUGAUGGCAUCUGGAAACAAGUCUUAGAGAUGGUCUCCACCCAGAGGGAAUAAGGGGAGACAUCCCCAACUGGAAUGUGUCCUGGAGCAGCUGCCUGGGAAGAAGUCCUCGAGUUUCCUCAAGGUGGGGGACAGAGGUCAAGGAUGAGGCCGAGCUAAAUGGAAGGGUGACAGUGAGGCAGGUGGGCUUUAAGGCUGUGGAUUCGUCAUGCUGGCGGCUGCCAGCAGCACUUUCAGGUUCCUUGGGGCUUGUAGGGGAUGGGGACUUGUCAGUGGAAAGACGGGAGGGAUGAUGUUUUUGGACUUCAGUAUGGGUGUGAUGUCUCAGGAAGUGGGUGUGGCUCCCCAUCCUGUAUAAAAUAAGCAGUAAAGCUUGCUCAUGGCUGUUGUA